AUGGCGGCUUCACUGUUGACGCUGCGCACGCUGGACGGCGACGUCGCGGAGCUCCACGUGGAGCCUGGGGAGCACAUCUACCGCGUCGCGCAGCGCUUGGCGGAGCUCAAGAAGCCUGGAGAGAAGGUUUUUGCCCGGUUGGUGCAUGAGGGUCAACCGCUUCCACCCGGAAGCAAGGUAGGCGACCAUGAUCUGGCGGAAGUGGAUGCCGUUUGGUGCAAAUGGACGCCGCCGGAGAAAUUCGGAAACAGUUCGAACGAAGUGCUGCCACGCCGACAGCUCAACGUCAAAGAGCUUCAUGCAGAUUCUGGGCGCUUGGACAUUUCUGGAACCUUUACCAAACCAGGCUAUGAUCGCCUGCAGCUGGCAAUUGAUCUGCCGACCGCAGCGUUUGGGCUGGGGCUGCGCGUGUUGGACCUGAGGCAAUGCGGCUUGGCACCAGAGAGCUUGCUGACAAUCUUUGAAAAGCUGCCAAGCAGCCUGGAAGAGCUUUGGGCGAGCCGAAAUCACUUCAGCCUGCGGGUCUUGCAGUGUUUGCAACAGAAGGCUUUGCAACUGCGAGCUCUGGAUGUUGGCUACAGCGAGUGUGACAUUUGCACGCCACUGCCAGACCUGGUCUGUGAGAAGACUGAAGAGUUGAUCUUGGGAGAUCUGAAUGACCUGCUCCCGGAGACCUUUGCCGCCACACUGGCGAAAUGUCCUUUCCUGAGGUCCCUGGACAUCUGCAGCUGCUGGCGCUUAUUGGGCAGCUUCGGCGCCAUCGCAGCGCUGCCAGAGCUGCGUCGCCUGAAGAGCCAACGGGUGGAUGUCGAUGAGGAGGGCGUGAACCAGGUCCUCAGGAGUUGCACUCAACUGGAACAUCUCUACCUCGAAAGGGUUUCUUCGUCAGGAAGCAUCCAACUUUUGGCCAAGUUGGAAAAUCUCAAAGUCUUUGCCGGCCAAGUGGCAACUGGCGAUUUGGGAAAUCAGCUGAUUUGUGAGAUUUGUCAACUCAAAGUCGAGACACUGUUGAUCUGCCCUGGUCUGAUGGCUGAGGAUGAGGACGAGCCAUCCACGGCGCUCUCUGAAAACGUUGGGCCCUUGGUGCAGGCCUUGAAGAACUGUGUGGCCGGAUGCAUCGCGGUGGAGGCCUCCUCUGUGGAUCCCGCAGUCCUGGAAGCUGUGGGCUGUCGCCUGUGUCGGAUGGACAAUGGUCUAAGCAGUGGCAGUUUCAGCCUGAUUUCGUCACUGUUGGAAAUGAAACACUGUUGCACUAACCUUCUUUCGCUGAGCGUCAACUAUUGGGAGCAGAUCGAUGGAAAACAAUUUGCACAGCUGGUAGCUGCAUGUCCUUUGCUUCAAAUCGUUCACCUCAAUGCAGACGAUUGCGGGUUUCAAAUCAGCCCCAUUGAUGAGGGUAUUCUGGCACUAGGUCAGCACUGUCACCAGCUAGAACACUUGGAUAUGUACGACCGCAUCAUGAAGGAGCCGGCGAAGACCUUGAUCCAGGCCACUGAGGGCUGGCCGUUGCUGAACUAUCUCUGCAUGGCCAACUGCGUGCGCGUGGACUCGUCCUGGCUGGAGGUGGAGGAAAUUGGCGUCUUGCCGGAGGUGCUGGCCCGGAACUGCCCAAAGUUGCAGGAGUUCGUGGUAUAUGAUGAUGACAUGAGGAACCUCAGAGCCAUCGCAGGACUGAAGAUGGAUGUUAGGUUGAGGGAUGGACGAACCAUCCGUCAAGGUCAGAAGCCCAAUGAGGAGCUGCCUCGAGAGGUUCCAAACUUUCAAGAGGAAGAGAGGUCGCCGGGCCCAGAAUUGAGGUCACAGCUCCCGAGACAUAGGCGUUACAUGCUUUCCGGUGAAGUCGGGGAGGGGUUGAUGACCAUCACCGAAGUCACCAGCAGUCGAGAAUCUCCACCCACCCAGGAGCGGGUGGAUACUCCACCACCUGAUGCUGAUGAACCGGCUCGCAGCAUUCCCAGCAUUCCCAGGCUGAGCUGGGACAGAGAGAAUCCAGGAGAUGAUCCAACGCCUCCACCGGCCAUAGUGGGCGUGAUUCCAUAUCAUCGUACCGUUCAGGACACCCAAGCCGGCUUUAAAGGCUUCCUGAAGCUGAGGCAAGGGGACGAGCUGAAAUUGGCACAUCCAGAAGUCAAGGGACGGGAUGGGGAGUACUACUUCUAUGGAAAGAAGGUUCAGGACGCAUCUCAGGGCUGGUUCCCAGUUCCUUGUUUGGAAGCCUCCGAGGGUGACCUUGGUGACCUCGAGGAAUCACCCCAGGACGAGUGGAUGGAAGAAAGAGACUGGGAACAGUUUACUGACCCGCUGAGCUUGGAACCGUGGUUCUGGCGGAAAUCCACCGAGGAGUACUUCUUCCCACGUCUUGUGAGAGAGUGGCGGAAAGCCAUUGACCCUAGCAGUGAAAGUGGUGUUUGGUGGUGUCAUCAGGGCAAAAAGCGUUUCUUCAAACAGCCGAAGGUUCCUGAGCUGGAGGAGGACCUGGCAACAGAGAAUCCACAAGAAGCUCGACCUGUGAUGCGUUGA